UCCUCCUGAACUGCAGUUCUACACCAGUGCUGCAGCAGUUUGUCUCCUUAUACCAUCCUGGUAUUUUUUUCUAGGAAUCCCAUUUAGGAAUGGUAGACCCAAUCCAACUCUAAUAGUAGCAUUGAUAAUGGAUGGAUUUGUAUUCCAUUUACAAAGUAUAACGGCAUAUGCCCUCAUGGGUAGAAUAUCACCGGUUACACACAGUGUUGCAAAUACAGCAAAAAGGGCGCUUCUUAUAUGGCUGUCAGUAAUAGUUUUCAACAAUCCAGUCACCUUGUUAAGCGGAUUGGGCACAGUAGUAGUUGUUAUAGGUGUGCUGCUUUACAAUAGAGCAAGAGACUAUGAACAAAACCACUAUACAGAGGAGACUAAGCGUCCACUAGAAGAGGUUUAACAGAAUUUGCAAUUUUUAAAAAUACAAAAAAAAACACCAAUUUUGUUCAAAACUAAGAGAAAUGCAAUUUAUAUUAAUUUUAUGUACUAAAAUAUUACCGGACAUCUUGAUACUGCUCUUGAACCUCAUUAAAUAAAUAUCAUUUUUUUAAAUUA